CACUGGUCAGACGGUGGCAAUGGUGGGAAUAUAUAUUGUUUAGGAGCAAGAUGCUCCCUCCAGACCUGAGGAGUGAAUGGGAUUACCAUAUAACAUGAGAUAGUGUGUUAGUGAAGGAAUGUGUGGCGCGAGGCGGUGUUGACAGUGUGAGAGUGACAGCGGCGGGGAAAGGACGUGUCGCUCUCUCUCUCUAGCUCUCUAUCAUACCUGUGUCAUGGUCAGGUACAAGUCAGGGAUUUAGUACAUUAGUGAGUGUAAAUAUCAUCAUGGCAAUAAUGGGGACUGAGGGCAGAGGGUUCGUGGCUGCCAUCUUCUAUGGCGUGUGCUCUGCUUCCAUGGCGUUCCUCAACAAGGGUGUUAUCAACUCUUACGAAUUUCCAUUCCCUUUCUUCAUCAUGGCAUGUCAGAUGCUUGUUACUGUAGUGUUCUUGGAACUGAUGGUGAGUGUGGGCAAGAUCAAUCUUCCGGUGUAUAACUGGAGGUCUGCUCGCAUGUUUCUGGCACCUUCUCUAGGUUACGCCUUCCAUGCCUCUCUCUCACUUAUGGCUCUUCAAGGUAUGAAUAUCCCAAUGUAUGGAGCUGUGAAACGUUGUACACCGCUGGUGAACUUGAUCCUGGCUGUGGUCAUUCUUCAACGGCCAUUUCCAUCUUGUACACUGAUUGCGUCAAUACUCAUCAUCACGACAGGCUGUUUUGUGGCAGUAUUAGGCGACUUGACCUUUGAUGCUUUUGCGUAUACAAUGGGAGGAUUCAGUGUGUUGGCGCAGGGAUUGUACUUAACACUGGUGCAGCAGUGUGCAGAGAAUAAACUUGCAACUCUAGAGAUCCUCCAACUUAAUAGCUACAAUACUCUCGCUCCCUUUAUUAUUGUCUCGGUGCUCAUGGGUGAACCAGGAGCCAUUGUACACAGCCGUUAUAUUACAGAUGUUGGGUUCCACAUCACCUUGUGGACAUUAGUUGUUAUGGGUGCUGUGUUGAACUAUUCACUCUUCCUGUGCACAGCACUUAACUCUGCUCUCACCACAUCAUUAGUGUCUGUAGCAAAGUCUGUCAUCCAAACACUAAUAGGAUUCUUUGUGUUUGGAGGCGUUAAAUAUCACCCGCUAAACAUUACAGGUAUUGUGAUGAAUACUGUUGGUGGCUUCCUAUACACAUACACCAAGUAUAGAGAAAGCAAGAAGACAUUCCACAAAGAUGAGAACUUUAAUAAAGUUUCUGUCAAUGGCAGCCCCAGCUUUCCUGUAGAUAAUUCAUUAAUUACACAGUGUGUAACCAAAGAUGAACAUACACUCAGUGAAAUUAAAGUCAGCUAACAUUUCCUCACUUGCUAGAUUGACCUAAAAUCAUUUAAGUCUUAUGGGUAUUCAGCAUAGAUGCUAAUCUGGUGCAUUUUUUUAGACUCGACACAUGUGUCCUUCAUAGUUCAAAACUUGGCAGAAAUAAUUUAUAUUACUAUUUGUCUCUAAGCCAUUUGCAUUUGCCUUGUAAAUGGAUUGCAAGCAGCAUGUGUGUGUAUCUACUUCACAUUGUUGUGCACUUUAGGAAAAUUGGUAUUUUCAGGAUUUGUUUCCAAUUAAAUCAGGUAGCCACA